UCACAGGAACGUUUAUUUGUUUAUGUUUGUUUAAGUGGUUAUCCUAUGCUUCAGUGUUUUAUUAUUUGGAUUUAAAGCCUUAAAGUUCAUUUGUAUGGUUGAUAAUUCAGUUUUUUUAAGCUCAUUCAGUUGAAUUGGCCUGGAGGAAGGGGCUAAGACAAUAAAGAGGAGGCCACAAAACCUCAGAAGCAGUGACAGCCACUGGCUGUCUGCACAGAUGCGCAGGAUUUGACAUCAUUAAUUUAAGGAUUGAGAGGUUUACUCAUUCAGAGCCACUGAGCACCGUAUCCAUGCCAACAGUAAAGAUGUCAUGGCGGUCAACAUACAGAAGCUCAAAGUUUCGUAACGUGUUUGGUAAAGCUGCUGGACGAGAGGAGUGUUAUGAAGGUGUUCCCAUCACCAGAAAUGUCCAUGAUAACCACUUCUGUGCUGCAAACCCUAAAUUCCUUGCUAUCAUCACAGAAAGUUCAGGAGGAGGAUCUUUUCUGGUUAUACCAGUUUACAAGACUGGCAGAAUAGACCCUCAUCACCCCAAAGUCUGUGGUCACCAGGGCAGCGUUCUAGACAUCAAAUGGAGUCCGUUCAGAGACAAUAUCCUGGCUUCUUGUUCAGAAGACUGCACAGUGAGGAUCUGGGAGAUUCCUGACGGUGGCAUUAGACGCAACAUGACAGAGGCUCUGAUGGUUCUGACUGGUCACAGCAGGAGGGUGGGGCUUAUAGAGUGGCACCCCACGUGCAGUGGGAUUCUCUACAGUGCUGGAUAUGAUGGCAAGAUCAUUUUAUGGAACUUGGAGGAGGGCAAGGCUGUGAGGAUGAUUGACAGCCAUUCGGACGUGGUCCUCUGCAUGUCUUUCAACACAGAUGGAAGUCUUCUGGCAACCAGCUGUAAAGACAAAAAGCUGAGAAUUAUGGAUGCACGCACUGGGAGGCUCCUACAGGAAGCAGACUGUAAGAGGCACAGAGUCGGCAGGGUGGUGUUUCUAGGCAACAUGAAGCGUGUGCUCACAACCGGCGUGUCACAGUGGAACACCCGGCAAGUAGCACUGUGGGAUCAGGAGGACCUGUCUGUGCCGAUCAUUGAGGAGGAGAUAGACGGGCUGUCUGGACUUCUUUUCCCUUUUUACGAUGCAGACACACACAUGCUAUAUCUGGCAGGCAAGGGUGAUGGUAAUAUCAGAUAUUAUGAGGUCAGUCUAGAGAAGCCCUACCUGCAGUAUCUAAUGGAGUUCAGCUCUCCUGCACCACAGAAAGGACUUGGUGUGAUGCCAAAGCGGGGUUUGGAUGUGGGCGAAUGUGAGGUGUUUCGUUUCUACAAGCUGGUGACUCUGAAAGGUCUGGUGGAGCCCAUCUCAAUGAUAGUACCACGCAGAGCGGAGACGUUUCAGGAGGAUAUCUACCCAAUGACCGCAGGAGCAGAGCCGGCUCUAACUGCUGAGGAGUGGCUCAGUGGAAUUAACAGAGGACCAGUCCUGAUAUCUCUGAAGGAGACGUAUAAGAGACCCAACCCAGCUGGUCCUAAAGCUGCUAAGAGAGAGAGGAGAGCAAUGGCAAUGAAAGGGCUUGACCUUAUAGAGAAUGUCUCUCCCAAGACAGACAAUGAGUUCCUGAAGAUGUUCUACAGGCAGCAGGAUGAAAUUAAACGACUACAGAAAGAACUCAGCGAUAAAGAUGAAAGAAUUAAACAGCUGGAACUAGAACUUCACAACUUGAAGAAUGUGACUUAUUAACCCUCUUUCACACAAAUGCAAAGUAGUCUUUAAAUGAACUGCAAAGGCUGCUGUUUGCAACAUAUGAAAGCUGAAAAUUACAGCUUAAUAAAUUCUAAUUUCAUUUUAUUUCCAGAUGAACAUUAGACUGAAGGAUAUUUAUGUGGAAAACAGUAUUUUGAAAAUAUCUGUAUGAGGUCUAACAAUAUGAUUCUGAGCCCUAAUUAAUUCACUCAUUAGUUAAAAUAAUUUUAAAAAAUGUUUUAUUUAAAAAUAUCCGCUUAUACUGCUGCUGUAUUGACCUUCAUUGUAAAGAACAUAACAAUCAAUACAACAUGCAGCUUAGAAAGCAUAUGUCUGCUUCUGUUUAUGAAAAGACAUCUUGAUCUUGAGAUGAAACAGCAGGAGAAAAGCCACGUUAAAGCUGGCCUCCAGUUCAGACCUCCGACAGAAAGUCCUGACACACUGCCAUGACCCAGUAUGCUCCUGAUCCACCAACAGAUGGCAGUGAGGCUACACCACUAAGUAGUUACAACAAGUCAUUGACUGUCCAAAAAGAAAAAAAUCAUUGAAUAAAAGUAAAAGUAAGUAAA